AUGAUGACCGGGUGGAUGACUGAAACAGAUGGUGAGAUCGUGGUGGUUACUUUAUCGGCACAAUUGAUAGCGAUGAGAAAUGACGAUGCGACAACGUUGCUGAUCAAAGAUCGAUGUCUACAUAUGGUGAAUAAGGCCGCGGAUGAACAGAUGGAAACGCAUAGGUUUAUGAGCAAGAAAAAUGAUGAUGAACGAAUCCAUUUUCGAUUAUUCAAUUAA